AUGAGCUCUUGGAGUAACAGUCGCGAUUUGUUCGAGUACACCUCCGGGCGAUUCUUAUUCAAUGAGGAGCUUCGACUUGCCGAGCGCCGUAUUCAAUUCGAUGUUGACGCGCUUCUGCAUGCGGUAUGUCGGUCAACAAACCGACCUGUCAGUGACCUUUGUUCAGUCUCCAAACUUGCAGAAGGAGGCCUCAAUCGUGUCCUCCAGACCACAUACAAGGACGGAUAUACCGUGAUUGCCAGAAUUCCAUAUAGGAUUACUGUUCUGAAACGACUGGCGGUUGCCAGCGAGGUGGCCACCCUCGAUGUACUCCGUCGUAAUGGGGUUCCAGUCCCUAGGGUUCUCGGCUACUCCGUUGACCAUGCAAAUCCUGUCGGCGCUGAGUACAUUCUGCUGGAGAAACUGGAAGGACAGCCCUUGGGCCAGGUCUGGUUUUCUAUGGAUAAUAAAGCGCGUGUAAAAAUCAUGAAGCAGAUCGUGGCGGCAGAAAACAAGUUCAUGCACAUCGCCAUUCCCGCAAGUGGAAGUCUAUACUAUCGCAGAGAUCUGGAGCAGACGCAACUCUGUAUCUCACUUCCGGAUCAAGCGGAUGUAUCUGCAGCAGACCAAAUCGUUGUUGGACCAACUGCGCAACACGCAUGGUGGUACCAAGAACGGGAUUCACUGGAGGUUGACCGUGGCCCAUGGGACAGUUACCUGGCGUGUUUUGAAGCUCCUGCUAAACGGGAGAUGGAAUACUGCAAGCGUUUUGGCAGGCCCCGUCUUCACGUUGAAAGAUAUCUCCGAGAGCUAUAUCAUUUUCAAGAGGUGUCGCCCACUCUUCAUGCCGAACUUCUCUCUGACUAUCUGAAAUUGGCGCCCUACCUCGAAAUCCCAUCAGAUCAUCCCUUUGCCCGUCCCACCCUUCGCCAUCCUGACUUUUCGCCAAACAAUGUAUUGGUUGAUUCGUCAAACAAUAUCACGGGGAUUAUCGACUGGCAACAUGCCGUCGUGCUACCUCUUUGUCUCUGCGCUGGAAUACCCGACUACUUUCAGAACUGGGGUGACCCCGUGUCAGAAGUUUUGGCAAAGCCAGAUACUAAACUACCGGAAAUUUUUCACGGGCUUGGUCAAGAUGAACAAGCAACAAUUCAAGAGACAAUGAGAAAACGUCUGGUUCAUUUUUAUUAUGCAGCAUUGACAAUGAAUCAGAUACCACACCACUUCGACGCUCUGAGAGACGAAAGUUCGAUGCUCCGAGCCAAGCUGUUUAACCGUGCUGGAGCACCUUGGGAGGGUGACUCUCAGUCUCUUAGGUAUGUGAUGAUGCAGGUUUGCAGUAAAUGGCCUAUGCCCAUUGACAAUGGGAAAUCUCUGGGACCAAUUAAAUGCCCAGUGGAGUAUUCUGAGCAAGCGGUUCUGCAGUGCACGAAAAGCCAUGAUCAAGAGCAAGAAAAGCUCCAGGAGCUUACGGAAAUGAGAGAAGUCAUCGGUAUAGAUUCCCUAGGCUGGGUGCCUGAUGACGAGCAUUUGGAGCAAUCAAGAUCCAUGGCACAGAACAUCAAAGCGGGCUUGCUGGAGCAAUCGGAGAGUGACACCGAGCGGACUGCGCUUCUGGAGCACUUUCCUUUUGAUGAUCAUGAUGAAGGCUUGUCAACUAUUGACAAAAUGUCGACUCGGUCGAGGUUCUAG